GCAGAUGGCGGAGGUGGCGGGGAGUGGAUCGCUUCUGCUGCUGCACUGGCCGGCGGGGCGGAGUGGAUAACGGGAGACUGUUUGAGAAGACCCAGUGGACAAUUAAAAAAAAAAACUCCAAACAAACCAGGAUAUUGAUUUUAGCGCAUGUGCAAGGAGAGGACUUUAUUUAUCUGCUGCGUUAAAAUUAUACAUUUCUCCCCUUGUGGGCGUCGAGGCCUGAGGAUUUAAGUGAUUAUUGAAUACAGAGUUUUAGCUAACACAGAUACAUGCCGGUUAAAUGACGGAUAAUGCUUGAAAGUUUAUUCUUUAGCAGCUGUUUCAUCUCUUCACGAUCUGAACUGCUGAACCGGAUUAAUUUAACAGUUAAUACGGAUUCGGAUAUUUACGUCAGAGUUAAAGGGAGGAUGGUUUACCUUAGCUAGCUCGGCGGCUAACCGCUCUCUCAUUCACAAUGAAUCAAUAUUAGCCAUUAGCACUUAGCAUUCCAGGUUUAUUUAAAAAAUAAAUCUGUUUUGGAUGCUCUCGGAUCGAAAUCUGGACUGAUGUGUUGUCAGCGCCGUAUCCGAAUGUAUUGAUUUUUUUAGAUGCUAAUGCCUUAGAUCUUCUUUGGCACUGGAUCUGAAUGCAUGGAGUCGCAUUAUAUGGGCUGGCAGAGAUAGUUAAAAGUCUCUUAAAUCUAAAGCAGUAACUCGCAGUACAUGCAGACUCUGCUUUACUGUGUUUAUUUUUUAGCUCUCCAAAUAGAGUUCAUUCAUUUGAUCCAUUGAAUCACAUCUGAUGACAGCGGAAGUCCAGGCGUGAAUUUCACGGUUGUUUAGCAUAGAGUAACACACCUGAGCAGGUGUCAUGGGGAAUACAGUGUCCUGCUGCGUGUCCCCCCGUGGGAGCCCAAAACUGCCCCGUCAGGUGGAGUCUUUGGAGGACUAUCAGAUCAAUACAGAACUGAGCGAUGACACCGGUCCAUACCUACAGCACAUCAGUGACAGAGAGGUGCCUGAUGAUUUGGCUUUUGAGUCCAACCCCUCAGAUCAUGCCCGGGCCAGCACGAUCUUCCUUAGCAAGUCACAGACAGAUGUUCGGGAUAGAAGGAAAAGCAAUCACAUAAAUCACGUUUCUCCAGGUCUGCUUUCAAAGAAGUACAGCUCCUGCUCAACGAUAUUCAUUGAUGACAGUACUGUUAGUCAACCCAACCUGAAAAGCACAAUCAAAUGUGUUACAUUAGCAAUAUAUUAUCACAUUAAAAACAGGGACUCUGAUAGGACAUUGGACAUUUUUGAUGAAAAAAUGCACCCCUUAACUAGAGAAAAGAUUCCUGACGAUUACUGUCGCACAGACCCAGAACACAAACUUAUUUAUCGGUUUGUCCGGACCCUAUUCAGUGCGGCACAGCUCACGGCCGAAUGUGCAAUCGUCACACUGGUUUAUUUGGAGAGACUGUUGACCUAUGCCGAGUUGGACAUUUGCCCGUCUAAUUGGAAGAGGAUAGUGCUGGGGGCCAUCCUGCUGGCAUCAAAAGUCUGGGAUGAUCAGGCUGUGUGGAAUGUAGACUACUGUCAGAUUCUCAAAGACAUCACUGUUGAGGACAUGAACGAGAUGGAGAGACAUUUUCUGGAGCUGCUGCAGUUUAACAUUAACGUACCGGCCAGCGUCUACGCCAAGUAUUACUUUGACCUGCGCUCCCUCGCAGACGACAACAACCUGAGCUUCCCCCUGGAGCCCCUGAGCAAUGAACGAGCUCAGAAACUAGAGGCAAUCUCAAGACUAUGUGAAGAUAAAUACAAGGAUCUAUGCAGGACAGCCAUGAGGAGAUCUUUCAGUGCUGACAACCUAAUCGGCAUCCGCAGAUCCAACGCUGUUCUUUCUUAAAACCUUUCCUUGGAUGAAUCGCUGCUGUGAGCGAGAGCUCAAUGGACAACCCGUUCUCUCUCCCUGCAUUUGGCUGUGACGUUACACCAGCCAACGUAAAUCCCUACAAACAUUUUACCCAACUGAGACAAGAACAGACCGAAUGUUUUUUUGUUUGUUUUUUGCUUACUAUGUAGGCUACUAGCUGUGAACUUUGUCAGUUUUUAAUUGAAAUCAUUUACAGAUGGAGUAUUUUAAAUAAACACUAAUCAUGUAACAAGUCUGUA